AUGAGCGCGGCCGUUUUGCCGGCGCCAGGGGCCCCUGGCGCGGCCCUGGCGGGAUCGGACUCAAAGGCCGCGGCAAGUCAGAUCAACCCGUCUUCGAUUGUGUUUCCGCCGCCGGAUUUGCGCGGCAUCAUCGAGAAGACGGCACAGUUCGUGGCGAAGAACGGCGUGGAGUUUGAGCAGCGCGUGCGCCGCGAGCAGAAUAACCAGCGUUUUUCUUUUCUCUUCCCGAACAAUCCUUACAACGCGUACUACCAGCUGAAAGUUCGCGAAUUCCAGACUGGCGAGGAGGCGCCGCGGCCGCAGGUGCCCCAGGCGAUUUUGGACAUGCGCAAGAAGGAGGAGGAGGAGCGGAAGAAGAAGGAGCGGGUGCUCAUGCUGACGCAGUACGGGGAGGAAGCUCGCAGAAAGAUCGAGCCGCCCGCGCCAGAUGUCUACUCCGUCGCGCAGCCGUUCAUCGCCCCAAUCGACGUCGACAUCAUUCAAGCGACGGCGCAGUUCGUCGCGCGCAACGGCCAGCGCUUCCUCUCGGGGCUGGCGCAGCGCGAGCGGCAGAAUCCGCAGUUCGAGUUCCUCAAGCCGACCCACGCGCUGUUUCAGUACUUCACGAAUCUCGUCGACGCGUACACCAAGUGCCUCCUGCCUCCGCCCGAGCAAAUGGAGAAGAUAACUGACAUCUCAGGGUCCUCGCAGCAGGCCCUGAGUCGCUGCGUGAAGCGCUACGCGUGGGAGGCGGAGCAGGAGAAGAAGCGCAAGGAGAAGGAGGAGAAGCACGCCGAAGAGCGCAUCCAGAUGCAGGCGAUCGAUUGGCACGACUUCUUCAUCGUGGAAACGAUCGACUUCACGGAGGAAGACGACAUGCUGCCGCUCGCGGCGCCCGUGGACUUCUCCGCGACUGCCAAGCGCCCGGCGCCCGCGACGCUUGCCGCCCUCGACGAAGACGCCGAGGCGGAGGGCGAGCCUAAACCCGACACGACGAUCGCCGCCCUCAUCCGCGAAGCAGCGGACGCCGCCGAAGGCAACGCAGAAGAAGAGAUAGAAGCUGACGAUUUCGAGGCUGCAGAACCUGAAAAAGAUGUGGAACCCGCUGCCCAACCUGCGCAGGUUGCAGAGGAAGUGGCUCAACCGGAGAAGAAGGCCGACGAAGAGGCAGAAGAAUCCGAGGAAGAAGAGGAGCCGCAGCUCACCGCCGCCGCCCCCAAGAAGUCUAUCCGCGUCGUCAGGGACUACGUUCGCCAGUCGCGCAAGCGCACCGCCGCCGCGGACUCGGGGUCUCAGCAGGGGCUGCAGAAGUGCCCCAUCACGGGCCAACUGGUCCCCGCAGACCAGAUGUCCAGUCACCUGCGGGUGCUGCUACUCGACCCCAAGUGGAAGGAGCAGAAAGAGCGAUUUUUGGAAAAAGCCAAGGCGGAAUCAGCCUUUGCGCCCAUGGAAGAUGUCGAGGGCAACUUGGCACUCUUUGUUUCCAAGCGUCCAGAUCUUUUUGGAUCUGUUGACGAGCAAGUGGUGGUGGAAGAUACGACGGUUACAGGAAACAAUCCCGCGGUUGCCUCGGGCGCCACUGCGGUCCCCGUGGGGCCUGCAGGGCCUCCGGCGCCCGCUGGAGCCCAAGGCAGUCGGAAGGGUCCGGCGCCGCCGGCUGCGGCGCCGCCGCCGAAGCGCCCGCGCGCGGAGGCCCCCGCGGCGGCCCAGGCGGCGGCGUCGCCCGUGCUGUUGACGCUUGUGUGCGUGGGAGGCAACGGACUGGAAGACCAAGAAAUUCACGUUGAAGUUGACGAGAAGUUAACGGUUCGCGGCCUGAAGGAGUCCCUCGUGGAGGCAGGCAUUGGCACGGACUUGGAGGUCAACAAGCUGACGCUCAAAGACGGCGCAACCGGCGCGCUCAUGAUGGAUCGCCGGCCGCUGGAGGGUUACGGUCUGCGGAAGCCGGGCGCUAAGGUCAUCGUGUCGUAUGGAGCGUAG